GCCGGGGCUCACAUGCAGUGCCUUUUUCCCUGAUCUCGCACACGACCACCCGAGCACCACCACCAGCACAACUAUGGGUCGCAUCAAGGGCGUGAAGGCAGCACCCAAGGUCUGCAGCAAGACCGCUGAGGGUCCCCGCCGCCCCUUCGAGAAGGAGCGUCUCGACCAGGAGCUCAAGCUCGUUGGCGAGUACGGCCUCCGCUGCAAGCGCGAGGUUUACCGCGUCAAGCUGACCCUUGCCAAGAUCCGUAAGGCAGCCCGUGUGCUUCUCACCCUUGAGGAGAACGACCCCCGCCGUCUUUUCGAGGGCAAUGCGCUCCUCCGCCGUCUUCUCCGCAUCGGCGUGCUCGAUGAGGAGCACAUGAAGCUCGAUUACGUCCUCGGUCUUAAGAUUGAGGAUUUCCUCGAGCGUCGUCUGCAAACACAGGUGUUCAAGCUCGGUCUCGCCAAGUCUGUCCACCACGCCCGUGUCCUCAUCCGCCAGCGUCACAUUAGGGUUCGCAAGCAGCUCGUGAACGUGCCCUCCUUCACCGUGCGCGUCGACUCUGCCAAGCACAUUGACUUCAGCGCGAAGAGCCCCUUCGGUGGUGGCCGCCCUGGCCGUAACAAGCGCAAGAAGAUUGCCGCCCGUGCCGAGGCUGCUGGCGACGAGGAGUGAUUGUCUCCGCGCUUUGGUGUUGUUCGUGUGACAUUUUCUUGAAUCCGUAUCGCGCAGUAAACAGCCUCCCCGCGCUACAUCCCA